AUGCGGCUCAUCAAACAGAACAUUGAGCGUGAUGGCUCUGGGACUAUUACACUGUUCCCUGAAGAGCCAGAGGACAUGUGGCAUGCGUAUAAUCUCAUCGCGCCCACCGAUCUUCUUCGCGCAAGUGCUAUUCGUCGAGUGACCACAGAGUCCGCUACUGGCAGCACUUCUUCGACAAGAGUCCACAUCACGCUACUUAUUCGAGUCACGUCCUUUGACUUUGAUCCCCAGGCCGGACAACUACAUGUUAGUGGGCAAGUGGCAGAAGAGAACAAGUGGGUGAAGGUCGGCGCAUUUCAUACCCUGGAUCUUGAAUUGCAGCGCAACUUCACUCUCGAGAAGAGCGAAGGAUGGGACUCGGUCGCCUUGGAUGUGGUCAGAGAAGCAGUAAAGCAAGAUAAAGAGGGGACUGUGCCAGCUGUGGUUAUGCAAGAGGGUAUGGCAAACAUAUGUCUCAUCACGGAGCACCAAACAAUCUUAAAGCAGCGCGUUGAAACUGGAAUACCAAGGAAAAGAUCAGGCAGAGCUGGCGAACAUGACAAAGGAAUGAUGAAAUUCUACGAAACAGUACUAGAGACAUUGAAGCGCCAUGUCGACAUUACGCAACCAAGACCUUUGUUACUAGCUAGCCCUGGAUUCACAGCGGCCGGAUUUCAGAAGUAUAUCAUUGACGAGGCAACGAGGAAAGCGGAAAAGGCAGUGCUAGCAAACAAAAGCAAUUUUGUUGUGGUCCAUUCAAGCUCUGGACAUCUGCACAGCUUGAACGAAGUCCUGAAAAGUCCCGAAGUACUGGCGAAACUGAAGGACACCAAAUACUCCAAGGAGACUCGGUUCAUGGAUGACUUCAUGGCUUUGCUGCGCAAGGAUGAUGGAAGAGCGUGGUAUGGACCGAGUGAAGUCGAACAAGCGGUUGAGAAGGGUGCCGUUGGCCGUGGAGGUGGAGUCUUACUCAUCAGCAAUGCUCUGUUCCGCAGUCAAGAAAUCGGUACCCGCAAACGAUGGGUUACUUUAGUUGACAAAGUCAAGGAAGAAGGAGGCGAGGCCAGGGUUCUUAGCAGCGACCAUGAAAGCGGGAAGAGAUUAGAGGGUUUAGGUGGAAUAGCUGCUAUUCUGACGUUCCCGUUAGAUGACCUCGAUGAGGAAGACGACGACGAGGAGAAUGGUGGUGAUGACCAAGAACCAAUAUGA